CUUUUGUGACGACAGCAGUCUCACCGUCUUACCUAUAAGAGCUGAACGACACGUAGAUUUUAUAUCUCAGCCGACUCACACGCUUAGAAAAGAAAAAAAGUGUAAAAUAUAACAAAAGAGAAAAAAAAUCUAUAUACACGAAAUUCUGUCAAUACGUCAUUUAGUGCCCACUUAUAUCAAAGGCGUGUGCUAACUUGCGACACGCUGUACAGUAAAGGCGUUUCUCUCAAACUUAGAAUUUGUAGUUUACAUUCUCCGUCCGCAAUAUUUAAUAUACACAAACCUGUCCACUACCCCAGCGAUCCCCAGAAAGGUUGACAAAGCUUAUAAGUUUUGAGGUGCAGAGUUUUCUCUACGAUGCUUUACAAAUAACAUAACCUAUUGCUUGAUUUGGGCCAAGUUGUGAGAUAUGUGCAAGUUUUGUAAGCAGUUCAAAGAAACCAUGUGUGGUUACAGAUCCAGUUGGACUUGAGUUUUUACCCUCUCAUUUGUUACUGUCUGUGAUAGCAGCAGGGACUCUCAGAAUCACUUUGGAUACCUCCAUACCAGUUGAAACUAGUGUUUAGUCUUGUGAUUGUUGUGACAACUAUAGCUAUGGUCAGCCGUCUAAGUUUACAGUACUGUAAAAUAAUCUUGGCCACUUCGAUGGUAUGGUUCCUUUUAGAUGUCUUUCUUAUUAUGUAUUAUACGGACUGCGCUGGCAGUAGUCGACAGUGUGGUGGCUCUGAUGGUAUACGCAGAAGUGAUCAAGAUUCUGGUGGUAAUAGAGGUGGUGGUGGAGGAGGAGGUGGAGGAGCACAAAAAAGUUUUGGUGGAAUCUUCAACAAAAUACCAAAUGAUAAGACUGAACGUAAGUUGUUAAAAAGAGAUUUUAAAAUUGGGAAACUUAUUGAAGUUUUGAUACCACAUGCAGUAGGUCCUGGGGAGUAUGGAAAACCAGUCAUUGUACCAGCAUACAGGCAGCAAGAGUCUAAAGAAAAAUUUAAAAUUAAUCAAUUCAAUUUAGUGGCUAGUGACAUGAUAUCAUUAAAUAGAUCCCUUCCUGACUACCGCAUGGACGGGUGCAAGAAAAAAACUUACACCAUAGAAAAAUAUCUAAAAACAAGUAUAAUUAUAGUGUUUCAUAAUGAAGCUUGGUCUACACUACUACGGACUGUACAUAGUAUCAUCAACAGAUCUCCUCCAGAAUUAUUGGAAGAAGUUAUCAUGGUAGAUGAUGCCAGUGAAAGAGAUUACUUAGGGAAGAAAUUAGAUGAUUAUGUUGCCAAAUUAGGAGCAAAAGUACAUAUUGUUCGGUUAGAAGAAAGAACAGGAUUGAUCAGGGCUCGAUUAAAAGGUGCUGCUGUCGCUAAAGGUAGUAUAUUAACAUUCCUUGAUGCACACUGUGAGUGUUCCCCUGGUUGGCUAGAGCCUUUAAUUGCAGAAAUUCAUAAAGAUCGGAAAUCUGUGGUAUGUCCAAUAAUUGAUGUAAUUAGUGAUGACACAUUUGAGUACAUUACUGGUUCCGACAUGACUUGGGGUGGCUUUAACUGGAAACUAAACUUCAGAUGGUAUCCUGUGCCUCAGAGAGAGAUGCAGAGAAGAGAUGGUGACCGUGCUUUACCGACCAAGACUCCAACUAUGGCAGGUGGACUGUUUGCCAUUGAAAGGGACUAUUUCUAUGAAAUUGGUUCCUAUGAUGAAGGAAUGGAUAUCUGGGGUGGUGAAAAUUUGGAGAUGUCAUUCCGAAUUUGGAUGUGUGGUGGGCAAAUAUUUAUUGUCACUUGCUCCAGAGUUGGGCAUGUAUUCAGGAAGACCUCACCUUAUUCUUGGCCUGGUGGUGUAGCACGUAUUAUUAACCACAAUACAAUGCGAAUUGUAGAAGUUUGGAUGGAUGAAUACAAAGAAUUUUUCUAUAAAAUAAAUCCUGGUGUAAGGUCAGCUGAUUUUGGUGACAUUAGUGAGCGUGUUGAAUUCCGAAAAAAGAAAAAGUGCAAGUCAUUCCGUUGGUACCUUGAGAAUAUUUACCCUGAAUCUCAGAUGCCAUUGGAUUAUUAUUCUGUUGGAGAGAUUCGAAACAAAGCAAGUGGGUUGUGUCUUGAUAGUAUGGGACGGAAGAGUGGUGAAAAAGUCGGCAUGGUAUCUUGUCAUGGUUUUGGAGGAAAUCAGAUUUUUUCCUAUACAAAAAAGCAAGCUCUCCAAACAGACGAUGUGUGUCUCGAUGUUUCAGCUGUGGGUGGCCCUGUAAAAUUAUUUCAGUGCCAUGGUCUGGGCGGGAACCAGAUCUGGGAAUAUGACAAAGAGACAUUGAGCUUAAAACAUGUAAAUAGUAACCAGUGUUUGGAUAAACCCAGUCCUGAUGAUUCUGACACACCUAGCAUAGGGAACUGUAAUAACAGCCCAAGCCAACAGUGGAUACUUACAGACAUGAAAUGGCAGUGAGAAUUGUUCUAGACAUUUGGGGUGUCAAAAGUUAGGUUUGAUCUGGAGAGUUGGCAGUGAGGAAAAGAAUUGGAGUUGGAUUGACACUAAUGCUACCUGUUGCCUCUUUGUUAUACGUUUUGUUCUUCUUAAUCUUGAAUAUAUCAUCUUCAACCUCACAAACAUUCCUGUGAUAAUAAUGUACAAACUACAGAAAGCUGUGGCAACAGCAGCGACAACAAGAAAGAAAUAAUGAGAUGAAUCAAUACAAAUUACAAUGAGAGAAAAUGAAAGAAAUCAACAGUCUGUUAGAGAAGGGAAAAUUAUAUUUAGUCUGACCUAUUCUUAUUAAUGUGAGCCCCAUUUCCCCUUUCUCAUUAAUUAACAAGACCCCAGAACCACCACCCUGUUAUAUCCCUUCCCUACCACAAAUUACUUUUUAGUUGUUACUGUUGUCAAAUAACAAGCUGCCGACCCAGUGACUGACCUCGCUCUAUAUUUGUGUAUCUGCAUACAUGUGUACAUCUGUGCCUUUUUCAUAGAUGCAUAUGUAUACAUAUACAUGUGUGCAUGCAUGCACACACAUACACAGUGCACAUACAUACACAAGCAAAAUGACAAACAUACCUACACACACACACACACACACACACACACACACACACACAUAAAUGGAGCCAUUGCUUGUCAUAGACAAUUUUGACUUUCAUUACAACACUUUUUGCCCUUUUAAGUUUGGAAUAAAUUUUCUUAUACUAUAACAGAGCAAUUCCUGCCACAUCACCUAGACACAGGAGACACAUGCAAAAUAUAAAACAAAAAAAACUUGUCCUAUUGUAGUAAAAAAACAGACCUCCUUUUCCCAAUAAAAUCACACCCACACUCACCACAUCCUUAGCCAAUCGUUCACAAAAUGCUGGAAAUAGCAUAGACAACAGUAAUGUGAUUGAAAUUUUUAAAUUUAUAAAAAAAAAAUAUUAUUUCAAUUAAAACCAACAAAGAAGAAGGAGGAGGAGAGACAAUCUGUGUUUUGUGCGAGUGAAAAAAAAAUCUCUUAAAAUUAGCUCACAUUGUUAGACAUGUAUAUGGUAUUUCUUGGAAUAUAUUGCGUUCAACUCAGUGAAAAAUGGGCUGCAUUACUGCUACUGAGUAGAUUACUCAUCCUUAUCAUCUUCAUCUCCAUUAAACUCUAUGAAGGAUAUUGCCUGACUACAUGAUUGGUGCCAUAUAUAUAUAUAUAUAUAUAUAUAUAUGUAUAUAUAUAUAUACAUAUAUUUGUGGCUUUAAACGAUAGGAAGUUAACAAAUAAAGUAUUUCAAUUUGGGAUCAAUUCUAGGGGUUUUUUCUGUUUUUUUUUUUUUUUCUCUCUCUUUUCCUUUUUUGUUUUGACUUGGUCUCACGCACAUACGAAUUGUCUGUGCGUGCCUAAGAGCAAGAAAAGGCGUCUAACAAACCAGACAUUAUUCAAGGGAUGUAACUCCUGUAUCAAUGGUGUAAAUUUUUUUUUAAGGGAGGCUACUUUUGGCAGUUUCUUUACUUGGUCAUUCUGCUGUGGAGUUGUCCUUAUUUUUGGCAAAUGUUUCUUACAAACUAACAGUCAAACAUCUAACUAAGCUGUUGGAUUGGUUUUCAUGAAUCUUUGUAAAUACUAUUCUGUAAUAGUUUUGUUAAAAACGAAAAUAAAAGAAAUUCAAAUUU